AUGCAGAGAUUGAAAGUCUGUGGUGGCACAAAAUUCAAAUAUUUAGAAGGUUCGAUAACAUGCCAUGAUUAUCAGGAAAUCAAAAUUCAAGAAAGUACACAUGUAUUAGGGGUCGGGGCUAUUCCUCGUUCAAUCCUCGUCAUCCUAAAAGAUGAUCUUGUUGAUGUUGUUAAAGCAGGAGAUGACGUUAUAGUCACUGGGGUCUUAACUGCAAGGUGGUUGCCUGACUUAAAAGAUGUUCGCUGCGACCUUGAUCCUGUGUUGAUUGCUAAUCAUGUGAGGAGAACAAAUGAGCUGAAAUCGGAUAUUACUAUUCCUCAUGAUGUCAUUAUGAAAUUCAAUCAAUUUUGGAACGAGUUUAAGGAUACCCCUUUGAAAGGGAGAAAUGCAAUAUUACAAGGUGUUUGUCCACAAAUUUUUGGACUCUUCACUGUAAAGCUUUCAGUUGCAUUAACACUUAUUGGAGGUGUGCAACAUGUUGAUGCUUCUGGAACCAAGGUACAAGGAGAGUCUCAUUUACUUUUGGUUGGAGACCCAGGUACUGGGAAAUCUCAGUUCUUGAAAUUUGCUGCAAAGUUAAGUAACAGAUCUGUUGUCACUACUGGCUUAGGAAGCAGUAAUGCUGGACUCACUGUCACUGCAGUCAAGGAUGGAGGAGAAUGGAUGUUGGAAGCUGGGGCUCUAGUUUUAGCAGAUGGAGGACUUUGCUGCAUAGAUGAAUUUGAUAGCAUGAGAGAACAUGAUAGAGCAACCAUACAUGAAGCAAUGGAACAGCAAACUAUAAGUGUUGCCAAGGCUGGUCUUGUGACAACUCUAAGUACAAGGACCAUCGUUUUUGGCGCAACAAAUCCAAAGGGACAUUAUGAUCCUGGUCAAUCUCUAUCUGUCAAUACUACACUCUCUGGUCCCUUAUUGAGUAGAUUUGAUAUAGUCCUUGUCCUUCUAGAUACAAAAAAUCCUGAAUGGGAUGAGGUUGUGUCAUCUCACAUUCUUUUUGAGGGAGAACCUGAAAAAGAUGCGACUAGCGAGGACUUGUCAAAAAUCUGGCCCUUUCCUUUGAUUCGGAGACAAAACCAGAAGAAUAAGAUGUUGGAGGCAAGGAUGGCUUCAAACCAAGGGAAUGCAGUAAAUAAUGUCGCCAACAAUGUCAAAGGGGCAGUGGCUGUUGAGGUCCCUCCUGAACAAGAGGCAAGAACUUUAAGAGAUUAUGUACUCCCUACUGUUACGGGAGUGCAUUCAUGCAUCAGACACCCCACAGUUGUUGCUAACAAUUUUGAGAUCAAGCCGAUAUAUGAGGUGAGUGACGAUGAUAUUAGAUUGAGGCUGUUCCAAUUAUCACUGAGGGAAGGAGCCAAAAGUUGGAUAAACUAUCUACAGACCAACCAUAUAAACACUUGGAAGGAUCUAGCACAAAGGUUUCUCACCAAGUUCUUUCCUCCAUCAAAGGAUGCAAGAUUGAGAGGAGAGAUAAUUAACUUCUUCCAGAAUGAUGGGGAAUCAUUAUAUGCCGCAUGGGAGAGGUUAAUUAUUGAGAAAAUUCCUCAUCACAGCAUUGAGAAGUGGAUGUUGGUCCACAAUUUAUGUAAUGGGUUGUGCAAUACUAAACGCACCAUCAUUGAUGCGGCAGCAGCGAGAGCAUUCAUGGGUAAAAGGUCUAAUGAGGCCUAUGCAUUGUUGGAAGAAAUUUCCAUGAAUAAAUGCCAAUGGGCUGAUGAACGAGCCACUAGUAACAAAAAAGUAGCUGGGAUUCAUGAAUUAGAUGUUAUCACAGCAUUAACCACUCAAGUUUCCACCUUAACUAAGCAGUUGCAGAAAAACAAUAUUUCAACUCAAGCCAUGCAGAUGAAGGCAGUGUGUGAAAGGUCACCCUAA